UGGAGGGUGAGGCAUUUGUUAAAAUAGCGGAAGUGCUAUUUAGAAACAGUGUAAGAACAUUGUGCAUUUACUGCUGUGAAUGGUUGGUGGUUAAUUACAGUACUGUGAGGCGCAGUCACAGCUGGACCAUGGAGUUGGAAAAAGAAGUUAAAAAGAUCACCCUCGGACAUGAAACAGGAUCGGGAGCCCAGUGUUUGAAAUGCAAGGAUAAAUGUGAAGGGUUUGAGCUGCAUUUCUGGAGAAAAAUUUGUCGAAACUGUAAGUGUGGCCUGGAAGAUCAUGAUGUGCAAACCACCACAGAAGACGACAAGAAAAUUGGCAAGCUGCUGGAGGACACUAAAUACACCAGCCUCAUAGCCAAGCUGAAGACUGAUGGGGUGCACCACUACAAGCGCAAUGUGGUGACACUGACCAACUCUGUGGCAGCUAAGAAAGAUGUGGCCAUCAAAGCUGUGACCUACGAGUGGACUCCUCCUGUCCCUAAUCAGUCUCUGGCUGUGCGCUACAUUGAGUUGCUACCAAAGGAGAAGCAGCCCGUGGCCGGCACUGUGGGGGCUGUGUACCGUAAGAAACAGAUGGCUAAGCAAUUGCCUGAACAUGAUCAGGACCCAACGAAAUGCCACGAAUUGUCCCCUAAUGAAGUGAAGCAGAUGCAGCAGUUUGUCAAGAAGUACAAGGAAGAAGCCCUGGGAGUUGGGGACAUCAAGGUUCCUGAGGAGAUGGAGGCGCAGAAUAAAGAGAAGGGUGCGAGUGAGGCCGGAGACCGAGGCACCACUGCGGUGGUGGGAGCUCUGGGUAACAAGACGGCUCCUUCAAAAGGAGCAGCUUAUUCUUGUUACCGGUGCCAGCUGGGCAUGAAGGAAGGAGACCCUGCAGUAUAUGCUGAACGUGCUGGCUUUGAGAAGCUGUGGCACCCAGCUUGUUUUGUGUGUUGCACCUGCAGUGAGCUUCUGGUGGACAUGAUCUAUUUCUGGAAGAAAGGAAAACUGUACUGCGGCCGACACUACUGUGACAGCGAGAAACCUCGCUGCGGUGGCUGUGACGAGCUGAUAUUCAGCAAUGAGUACACCCAGGCAGAGGACCAGAACUGGCACCUGAAACACUUCUGUUGUUUUGACUGUGACUGUGUCCUUGCUGGAGAGAUUUAUGUCAUGGUGAACAGCAAGCCUGUUUGCAAAGCCUGCUACAUGAAGAAUCAUGCUGCGCUGUGCCAAGGCUGUCAGAAUGCUUUAGAACCAGAGGCUCAGCGAGUGACCUAUGGGAACUUCAACUGGCACGCAGAACCAGAGUGCUUCCUCUGCUCCUGCUGCACCAAGUGUCUGAUUGGCCAGAAGUUUAUGCCGAUUGAGGGGAUGCUCUUCUGUUCAGUGGAAUGCAAAAAGAAAAUGACUUCUUAAAUGAUAGCUGUAAAAAAUGGUUACUGAAGCUUUACUUAUUCUGUACAACCAAGAACACUUAUUACUGUAUCACUUUUAUUAUCUGGGAAGGUUAAAGUCCUGGAUAUUCUGCACGUAUUCUACUGAUCUCUUAAUGAGCAAUACUACUAGGCUGAGCCUAUAUUCACUUAGCUUUAUAUAGGCAGUUUUUUUUUUUUGAAGCGAUAAAACUGUCAUAUUCAUGCCAAUGUCCAGAUAUUAAUGUAUUAGUGACCACUUGUUAAGCACUUAGAAAUGUUAUGCAUUUAUUAUCACUGUGUAAAUGCAAACCAUGUAUGUGGAACAUUUAUAAAAGUGCAGUUUUGCACAAUAAAAUACUUUUGCAAUA